CCCACGUCGUCGUCAAGGCACGGCGAAGAGCAGAAAAGGCGCCAACUCUCUACCUGGAGCCCAUUCCAAUGCAGCAGCGCCCAGCCGGCUUGACUCACUUCUUCUAGGCAGCCGGAGUCAAAGAGCUCCGCCAGGCAGGCUGGACUGGGCAGGGCAGGGCAAGGCAAGGCAAGGCGGCUUCGGGUGGCUGGGGAGAGACGGGGCGGGGCUCUGGGCUUGUUGUUCGUCACUUGGUGCAAAGCCCGAGCGAGUCUCAGGAGAGAACAACGGGCUCAUUCAGAGAGUGGCAGCGAGGGGGAGAGCCAGAGCCGCGCCGCGCAGGGUGGCCAGUCGGACGAGGGACGCCCGGCGAGUCGAGGACUUUCCCUCCCGCUUCCUCCCUGGGAUUCCGGCCGGAGCAGCAGGAAAGCAUGGCGCAAGCCUGGGGGCACCUCUGGCUGCUUCUCUCCCUGCCCCGGCUCGCCCUCGCCUUUAACCUGGACACCAAGAACGUGGUCAUGUGGAGGGGCGAAAGCGGCAGCCUCUUCGGCUUCUCCUUGGCCAUGCACCGGCAGCUGGCGCCGCUGGACAAGAGGCUGCUGCUGGUUGGAGCUCCUAGACACACAGCUUUCAAGACACAACUAGCCAACAGGACUGGGGGAUUGUUCAGCUGUGAUAUUAUGAUUCCAGAGGAGCUAUGCAAGCGUGUAAGAUUUGAUGAAGAUGCUGAUCCAGAAACAGAAAGCAAGGAAGACCAAUGGAUGGGUGUAACUGUUCAAAGUCAAGGACCUGGAGGGAAAGUAGUGACUUGUGCACAUCGCUAUGAGAAAAGACGUAGGAGCACCAUUCAGGAAACUCGAAAUAUGAUUGGAAGGUGCUAUGUGCUGAGUCAGGAUCUCACCAUCAAGGAAGAUGAUUAUAUGGAUGGUGGGCAAUGGAGUUUUUGUGAAGGCCGGCCGGGAGGCCACAAUAAAUUUGGUUCAUGCCAGCAAGGUGUAGCUGCCACUUUUACCAAAGAUUAUCAUUAUAUUGUAUUCGGGGCACCAGGAACUUAUAACUGGAAAGGAGUGGUUCGUGCAGAGCAAAAUAAUCAUACAUUUAUUGAGAUGGGCAUCUAUGAUGAUGGGCCCUAUGAAGUUGGUGAUGAGAGCAGCUACAACGAAGAGCUAGUUCCGGUUCCAGCUAACAGUUACUUAGGUUUUUCUUUGGACUCAGGAAAAGGUAUAAUGUCUCAGGAAAAUAUAACUUUUGUUUCUGGAGCCCCAAGAGCAAACCAUAGUGGAGCUGUUGUUCUGCUGAGAAAAAAAAGUCCCACUGAAAAGAUUCUUUCCCUUGACCACGUGUUUGAAGGAGAGGGGCUGGCUUCUUCGUUUGGCUAUGACGUGGCGGUUGUAGACCUCAACCGUGAUGGUUGGCAAGACAUCGUUGUUGGAGCCCCACAGUAUUUUGAAAGAGAUGAAGAAAUUGGUGGUGCUGUGUAUGUUUAUAUUAAUCAGCAAGGCAACUGGGAAGGGGUAAAACCAAUUCGGCUCAAUGGAACCAAGAACUCCAUGUUUGGAAUUGCGGUGGAAAAUAUCGGUGAUAUUAACCAAGAUGGCUUCCCAGAUAUUGCUGUGGGGGCUCCAUAUGAUGAUUCUGGCAAGGUGUAUAUAUAUCAUGGCUCCAGGGAUGGAAUAAAUACAAAAUCAGCACAGAUUCUUGAUGGCAAAACAACCGGAGUCUCAUCCUUUGGGUAUUCUGUCACUGGAAACAUGGAUCUUGAUAAAAACUCCUAUCCUGACAUUGCUGUUGGGUCUCUUUCAGAUUAUGUAUCUGUUUACAGAUCAAGGCCAGUAGUAAACAUUAAGAAAACCAUUGAGAUAUCUCCUGACAAAAUAAACCUGAACCAAAGGAACUGUGAUGAUCCCAGUGGAAUCUGUAUGACUGUUAAAGCAUGUUUUCAAUACACGGCUACUCCCAGUGACUUCAACCCCAAAAUAAUUCUGAACUAUACAUUUGAAGCAGAACACGAGAGGAGGCAGCGGGGUUUCCCUUCCAGAGUACAGUUUAAAAACCUGAACCGUCUUUCUGAUCAGCUUGUUGGAAGCGUGACUCUGGCAGGACAGAAGAGCGAACGGUGUGAGACAACCCAGCUUGUCCUGCAGGAGAAGAUUAAAGAUAAACUGCGUCCUAUUCCUGUAACAGUUGGCAUUGAUAUCAGUGGCUCUGAAUCCACUUCACAGCCCAGGAGGAGACAAGGAAGAUCACUUCCAGAUCUUGUUCCAAUUCUAAAUUCAAACGAGCCCAAGACAGUUAAUUCAGAAGUGCAUUUCCUAAAAGAAGGUUGUGGAGCAGACAACGUGUGCAAUAGCAAUCUGAAGCUUCAUUACAGGUUCUGCACCAAAGAAGGAAAUGAAGACAGGUUUACUUAUUUACCAAUUGAGAACAAUAUUCCAGAGCUCAUCCUCAAAGACCAGAAGGAUAUUGCGCUGGAGAUUACAGUGACAAAUGGUCCGUCGGAUGCAAAAAAUCCCCAGAAGGAUGGUGAUGAUGCUCAUGAAGCCAAACUCACAGCUACCUUUCCAGACAGCUUGACUUACUCAGCUUUCAGAGAGCUGAAAGGUUUUCCAGAGAGACAGUUGACCUGUGGGGCUAAUCCAAAUGGUUCUCAAGUAGAGUGUGAACUUGGAAAUCCCUUCAAGAGAAAUUCAACUGUUACGUUUUAUUUGAUUUUAAGUACAACUAAAGUUAAUGUUGAUACAAAGGACUUGGACAUUAUUCUGAACAUGGAAACAACAAGCAUUCAAGAUAAUUUGGAUCCAAUUACUGCUAGCGCUAAAGUAUUUAUUGAACUGCUUUUGUCACUCACAGGGGUUGUUAAGCCUUCCCAGGUGUACUUUGGAGGCAAUGUGGCUGGCGAAAGUGCUAUGAAACAUGAAGAUGACAUUGGUAGCUUAAUUGAAUAUGAAUUCAGGAUAACUAACCUUGGUAAGCCACUUAAAACGUUUGGUACGGCUUCUUUGGACAUUAUGUGGCCGAAAGAGAUUAAAGGAGGCAAGUGGCUGCUGUAUUUGGUGUCAAUAAGUUCCAAAGAACUGAAAGAGCUCCAGUGUGAACCUCAAAAAGAAAUAAACCCUUUGAGAAUUGAGAUGUCCAGAAGUUCAAGGAAGAAACGUGAAGUUGCAGAGAAGCAGAAAGAGGCUGGCUCCAGUUUUUCUUUGUUUUCAGAAAGAAAGUAUAAGACUUUGGAAUGUAAUACAGAAGCCAACUGUGUCACCAUAAGGUGUCCUUUACAAGGUCUGGGCAGCAAGGCGUCUGUCGUGUUGCGUUCAAGGCUGUGGAACAGCACUUUCUUAGAGGAGUACUCUAAAAUGAACUAUCUAGACAUUCUUCUCAGAGCUUCAAUCAACAUUGCCGAUGCUGCAGAUAACAUUAAACUGGCAAAAGAAACUACUCAUGUGCGAGUUACAGUCUUUCCUGAAAAGACAGUAACACUAUAUAAAGGGGUGCCUUGGUGGAUCAUCUUAGUAGCCAUUCUUGCAGGAUUAUUAAUGCUUGCUCUUUUGGUAUUCUUACUAUGGAAGUGCGGGUUCUUCCAGCGUUCUAGGUACGAUGACAGCAUCCCCCGAUACCAUGCUGUAAGAAUUCGGAAAGAAGAAAGACAGAUCAAAGAUGGAAAAGCUAAAGAGAAUCAUGCAAAAAAACAGUGGAUCACGAAAUGGAAUGAAAAUGAAAGUUAUUCCUAGAAAUGCCCCCUGAAUCAAACGCUCAAACAGUCUUAAAGUGGCUUUGAUUCACAUGGAUGGAUGGAUGGAUGAAGACCUAUGUACAGCAAUGGGUGCCUUCUUGUAGAUCUUGCUACUUUUCUAUUAAAGCUUUUUGUUUUACAGACCCAACUUUAAGACAGUUUAAACAAAACUGUAAGCAUUAUUUAAAAUUUCCAGUCUUAAAUACUCUGUUCUGUCAGUCCUGAAGCCUAGCCAAGCCAAUUCUCUUGCUGCAAAUAAUGCAUAAUACGUACCCAGAAUCAGGACACUACUUUUAUGGGCUGAAGAGCAGAACAUCUCCUAUCAAAGGGCACAAUCAGAAAUUAAAGACAGCAUUACCUUGGGUAUGUUUCUUCCAACUAAUGGUCAGUUCAUAUUCAAGCCAUCAGUCAGGAAAGCGGAACCCAUAGAGGGAGCCAUGGAACAUAGCCAGGGAAAACUCUCACAUGUAAUGGGUAGGUUUUCUUCCAGUCUCAAGUUUUGCGGCUAGAAUUCUGGCUGCUUAAUCACCACCUCUUCACUCCUCUCUGCUGCAAAGAAAACACCAUAGCUGCCUCCUUGGGUGAGGGAAAAACAAGUAGCCAAUUGCAUGCACAGUGAAGCUGUGUGGGAGGAAUGUUGUUUGGCUUUAGUCCAGAGAGAUCAAACAGCUUGUGUUGUCAUGUAGCUCGCUCCAUUUUCAGAACAGAAGUGGUUUAGAUUUUGAGAAGCUGAAAGUCCUCUUAAAAACAACUUCAUUUGUCCAGAAGCAAUUUCUGACAUUUAAAAAGAUGCGGUGUAUUUGUUUUGGUUUGGUUUUUGGCCAUAGAGCUGUGUGUGUGUUCCCCUAAAAAUGCAUUGUCAAGAGCCUUGUGGUAUAGCUCCAUUUCUAAGUGACAGGUGCUAUGGCUCAACUUUGUCUGAAAGUCAUACUUGCAUGGAAAUUAUUCCCCUUAGCCAUGGGUGCGUAGAGAAUAGCUACUGUUUCUCCGUAGCAAGACCACGGCAUCCUGCACUCACUUAAAGGCACGCCUUCAUUGAAGUGUUGCAUGAGUCCUGGUGUGGAGAAGGGAAGAGAGUUCUAUAAACUGCAGCCCCACCACCAAAUCAGAAAGUCACCAGCCAUCACUGCACAUCGUCGCUUUGGCCCUGUGUUUUUCGGUUGAACUGGGAUCUCUAAAUCUGCUAAUUCCUUGUCUUAAGUCUCUUGGGUAGCCAUGGUAGUUAGGGAAAGUGGGAUUGUAAAUGUGCAAUAGGUCAUGUUUUGAUAAAGUUUAAAAAAUCGAUUUGUGUGAAUCUGUUGCUCACACCAAAUAUACACAGGUUUGUUUUUUAAAGCUUGAAUAUUGGUUGUACUUUUUGUACAUACUGUAAGUCAUUCUUAUAUAUUUAUUUUUACAAGAAAUCUUUGUCUUUGACCAACUGUUAAGCCAAAGAUUUUAAACUCAACUUUAAAACUAGCAAGCAAUAGCAUACAAAAGUUCCGCAAUUAAAACUGAACGCUUUCUGCCAAAUGUGCUAAUACUUAAAUCUUUGCAUUUCAAUGACUGGAACAUUCUUGGAAGCUCUUCUUUACAUAUUUUUUAAUUAUGCAGUAUGGUAUCUUCUAAAUAAUUUGUGCACUAAAGCAUACCUACAGAUGUUUUAUCUAUAGACGUUUUAUAUGACUAACUUAAUGGAAAAUAUGGCAAGUGCUCCUUGGGGCGGGGGAGGGAAAAAGGUUUUCUAGUUCUCUAUUGGAGCAGGAUCAACUACUGCAAAUGUUACAGCACUUGAAACACAAUGUAAGCUCCAAAAUCUAACUAUAGAUCUAUACUGGUCCAAUUUAUGACUACUGAGUAAUGUCCUAAUUAUCUAAAUUGUAAUUGUAAGCAUAGUUCCAUACUAGUUGAUAAUACUUGUGUAUUAUCCAUGCAAUUGGACUAUACUUGUGAUUUGUAAAAGAUAUAUUUGCAGUUUUUAAAGCUAAAUAAUUGGUACUGAUUAAAUAAGAAUUAUAAACAUGCACUGACAUUUACUGUGUAUAAAAUAGCAACAAAUCUUUAAUAUGUAGAUGUUAUUGAGAAGGGAUGGAAACUAUGCAAAAUUUUAAAUACUUGCCUUCAAAGCUAGAUACUUCAAGCAAGUGUUCUUCAUGGCAAGGUCUAAUAGCCAGUGGCAGCUCCCUCAGGACUCUGGGAAGCUUCAGCUGGAGCCAAAUAUUCCAUACAGUCCCCUGGGCACCGCACAGAGAUGACUGUUCCCACCAUGCAGUGCUGCACUUUGCCAAGGGCCAGUGGAGCUCCUUUAAGGGAAACUGAGCCCUGUUGCGCCCCAGGGCCAUCUUGGAAGGCAGGCACAGUGCUGGAAAAUGUAGUCAACACUUCACAUUGCUCCACAUGUGCAUUCCAAGAUGGUGCCGGGGCUCCACAGGACCCUGCUUCUCUUUAAGAAUUCUUCCAGGUGUUGGGAAAAGUGUAGCAGUGUAUAGAGAUCAGUACUGCAGGAAACUGCUCUCCCUUUAAAAGCUGGGUUUUUUUGUUUUUGCCAAAGUGGCCCCUUCUUGAAAGUAAUGAAGACCACUGCUUGAGGCUCUAUAUAACACUACACAAAUGCUUCAGUUGGGGGGCAACUAUUGCCCUUUCUAAGUCUUAACAGAUAUUGGUCUCUGGUUGUUAAUUUUAUUUUUUUAAUUAUUAUUCUUAGGACUCUUUGAUUGGGUAUCUGAAAAAUCAGGAGACUUUAAACAAAUCAAAUGUGUAAUAAAGGUUCUCUUGCCAAAAGGCUCAGCUACAAUUCUGGUGCUUAAGAUUAUAAUCCACGGAGUGGUGCUGCUGCUGCUCUCCCUCUCAUUCCUUGUAGGGUCUGUACAAGAGCCCCCAAAGCAGCAUGCUUGGUGGUUAGCAUCUUAAAUCAUUAUCACUUCAUCUCUGUCACAAACUACUUAAAACCUCACACUAUGGGCUUAAGUCACUUGAAAAGGAAGACUUUUUGAAACUACUGUAUCUUUUCAUGUCACUGACUGUUACUGACAUCUGAUGUUAGAUCACGACUAGAAAUUACCUGUGGAUAUUUGUAUAAAAGCGUGAAAUAAAUUUUGUAUGAAAAGCU